UUUUGAUAAUUAUUAAAAUUAUCUAUUAUGGAAAAAUCUAUGAUGGAAGGCACUCCAAAACAAAAAGUUGUUCAAGAGAAAGUCCUCAAGGAGUUUAGAGAAUCUGGCUGUGAUUCUAACUUAACCAAGUACGAAAAGGAUAAGCUAAAGCAACUCCUGAAGCUCGGAGAGAAAGGUCCAAAAAGAAAGACGAGAAAGGACAUGCCAACAAGGAAUAGUAUGAAACACUCCUACAGUAGAGCUCCAAAGUCAGCCUCACCACUUCUAUUAAACAGAGGGCACCAAGAACACAGUGAGUCUGGAGAUGAGCUCUAUCAAGAAGCAGAAGAGUAUGAAGAUGAUGAUAUUGACGACCAUGAUUCAUAUGAAAACCCAGAUAAUAUAAUCGAAAAUGAGCUUGAAAAUGAGAGUUAUGCCGAUUCUACUCCUACAGCUCCUACAUACGAUGAACAAGAUCUCAAUAACAACGGUGAGUCUCUUGAGGAUCUUGGAAAAUUCAAUCUGAGAGAACUUAUUUACAAGAUGUUCUUGAAUAUCUAUAACUCAGAGAAAGAAAAUACUGAAAGAUUAAGGAGAGAAAUCUUCCCAAAAAUCACUGAAGAGACUAAGCUCGAUGACUACAUCACUUAUGCUAUUAACAACUGUAUGGACCAUGUGAAGGAUGAACUGCAGAUUUUCAUCAAGAAGAACCUAAAGCUGCAGAGGAAAAAGCUAGAAGGCCCACAGAAAUCAAUGAUAAAAGACUCAUCAUUCAUUCCUGUAGAUGAGAAUAUCCAGAAAUAUAAUGAACUAAUCGACAAAAUAAUCGACUUUUAUGAGCUAUUCAAGUGCAGUAUCGAGCAUAUAGAAGCAGCUUGGAAGGAAAAACUUGGCCAUAUUGACAGACUCUACGAUAUCUUCGACUAUAGACACAAGAAGCUAUUCAGUGUUAACAUCUGGCAAGAUAGAGAAAUUAGAGAAGUAAUAAAGCUAUUCUUCUCUCAAAACUAUGACUAUGAGAGUUACAAGAAAAGAACAGAAGAUAUUAACACUAUUGAGCAGGAGCUUAACGAAAAUCUCCAGAGUAUCGAACAAUCUGAGGUAAAAUAAGACCAAAAAGAACAAGAAAAAUAAGAAUAAGAAUAAAAAGAAGAAGAGUAAGGACCCCCAGCCCAAGGAAAAAGAGUCAGAAAAAUUGUAUAAGAUAGAAGAUAUUGACUUACUUUGCUCCAUGAUCGAGAACUAUAAUACUGAGAAUAAAGAUAGGAACAAAAUUAAGAAAAAGAGUCCAGCUCCUAACAAGAAUACGAAGGAAAAGAAGACUGCCAAGACACAAGAUAUUCAGAAGGAGAGCGCCAAGGCUAAAGACCCUACUCCGUCACCUCCUCCUAAGAAGAAGGAAGAAGAAUUAGAUCCAGAGGAAGAAGCUGCAACUUGUAAUUCUAGCUGUGCCCCAGAUGAGUGGAAGGAGUUGGAAGAGUUUAAGAAGUCAUGCUUUGCCUCUAUGAAGAGUAAGAGAAAAUUGCUCAUCAAGCCUAACAUCCCCAAGGAGUGGAUCGACCACUUGAAGGGUAUUUUGGCAAAUCUUCAGUCGAAAUAAGCCCCUUGGCUUUGACAGAGGUUAAUUCAUGCCA